AUGUCGGCCGAGAGCUUGGAUGAGGGCUUGGGAAGGGUGGACCUGCUAGACUGGCUCCGAGAGGACAUCGAGCCUCUCAAUUUCCAUCCAAUCGAGGAGGAGGAGGGUCACGGUCACAGCGACGACAAGGAGAAGGACGAGGAGGAGGAUAACAAUGAUGCUGUCGCUGUUGCUGUGGUGGCAGCAUGCUUGCAUUAUCAACACAAGCGUCUGCGCCAGCAGGCUGCUCGUCGAGUACUGCCAUAUGAAUAUUUGCACCACCAGUUUUCUUUGGACAUUAAUAUGCCCGCCGUACGUGCACGAGUUUGGCUCCGGUUUUCAGUUGACUUGGAGAAAUCUCCUGGCGAAGCCAUUAUCAGGCAGAUCCAGAGACAGCUCUCGGAGUUCUCAGCGGGUGUGAGACGGAUUGGAGGGGUGGACGGUGUCUGGGGCUUUGUGGAUGGCACCUUUCGAGGCCAUUGCCGUCCAGUUGGCCAAGAUGCUCAGAGGGAGGUUAUGGAGGGGAAUUCCCUCCUUUAUGUCUAG